AGAUAUCCAUAUAAUAUCCCAGUACAGGAUGGAAAUUAGACUAGAAAACUAAAAAGUUAGUUACAAGAAGUAGCGCUUGAGGUAACAACUGGUAAAAAAGUAAAAACUGGUAUUGGUAACACCUAGUAACACCUAGUAACACCUGGUAACACCUAGUAACAACACAUCAUGUCUCCCCUAAUGCUAGUGCUACUCAGUGUUGGAUUCACACUAGUUCACAUCGCCACAGCACCAAAACGAGAUGUUACUUCCGUAAUUGAUGGUUCUGAGACGCUCAGUCCGGAGCAAAUAACUUACAUCACAGUUUUCUUUACACAAGCAAUUGUUGCUCCACUAGCCACACUCAUGAUAAAGAAAUGUUCCAAGAAUAAAGUUCUGGUAUUUGGAGUGGUGCUAUGUGGAUCAUGGUUUAUUACAGUGUCACUACAUCUCCCCCCUGCUGUUCAUUUUGGACUGGCAAUCUGCCUGGGAGUAGCUAACGCUAUCAUCAACACAGCCCUUCUCCACAUCAUAGCAGGAAAAGAUCCCUUCCUCCCCGGGACCACUAGUUUUAGUGGGUGGUCCGCUACGCUGGGGUUCAGUUACGCGGUGGCUGGGAUUCAGAUGUUCUUCAUAUCACCCAGCAGCGAUACUGUCGUUCCCGACAGUGGACUCAUCAACAUAACAGACCAGAUCACCCCAAGUAACACCACCUCCAUCACCUCCACAGACCUGUUACAAAACACCAAGGAGAUACUGACAGCUAUAGCUAUCUACAUCAUAGGAGGGGGCUGUAUUCUAGCAUCCUCCCUGGCUAAAAGGUGUUCGUCUAACAAGUACCACACAAUACAAAUAGAGGCCCCGACAGAACCAAGACAGCUAGUAAAGCUGAGUCGUAAAGCGUGCGCAGCGGUGGGAGCCAUGGUGAUGUUCUACGGUUUCAUGGGUAGCAUCCUGUUGGAGCUGUUUGCUGUGUGUUCCGCUAGUAUCGGCUUUAAAGCACAAAGUGUCACGUGCUUUGGUAUAGCGUUCCUUGUGAUGAGUCUGUACGUUACCUACAAGGGCAAAUCAGAGCUGACCACCUCUGCUGUUCUCUCCACCUUGCUAGUAGUGGGCUUCAUCCUGACUGGUGUUCUGUUCCCUGCUGAUUGUAUAGCUGGUGAUGAGUUCUACAUGAUAGGGAGUGCAGCGUUUCUCAUCCCAAUGGCGGGCAUGUUCCUGGGAGGAGGGUCAGGACUGCUAACCUGUGAGGUCCUGUCUCUAGUCUCCAUGGGGUGGUCCACUGACUUCAAGUAUGCUGCUCUGGUAGCUUCUCAGGGGUUCUGGGCGGCAGUCUCUACUUUUAUACCCAGUCUAGUGCACCCCCGCAACUUCCUCAUCAUCAUGACUAUACUUGCGGUUAUCUACUACUUCCUUGCGUUCUAUGUGCAUGAGGUGCUGAGGAACUACCACAAGCUGAGGGCCAGGGAGAGGAUGCUGAGAGAGUAUGGGUCUGUUGACGAGAUUACAAAGAAUAACCCACACGGGACAUACAAGGAGACUACAAGGGGGGAGGCUCUGAAAACUAUAUACGAGCAACCAUCUAACUCUGUUUAGGAGAAUAAUACGUCUGGUAAAAAGCGUGCGUAAAACAUGUUCUUUUUUAUGGAUCAGACAGACUUAGAAACUGAAUGAAAAACUUUUAAGUGGCUGCUACGCCUCAUGAAGGCCAAGAACUUGGUAGAAAUAUCCAAACCAAGAGCUUAACCUUCCUCUGAAGUGCAUUCCAUGACCCAGUCCUAACUCUGUAGCUCGAGUUACAGAAGUUCAUAUCAGUGAUAUACGGAGCACUGUUCUCAAUCCUGCUGCUUGGAGGAAAACGUAGUCUCCUAAAUCAGUUCAGCUUCUAUAGAAUGAGGACUCCAAGAGAGAGAGGGGGUAUAAUAUUUUGAAGAUAGUAGCUAGAUAUGUGGGUUACUGAUAUGAGACAGUACAGUACCCUAUAGUACUCCAUAGUACUCCAUAGUACCAGUAUAGUUCCCAUGAUAAGUAACGAGGAAAACGUUUUGGUGAGAUUUUCCGCUGGUUCAUUGAACUUUGACUUUACCUUGGUGAAACAGUUACGGAUCGGUGAUAUUCGACAUUUUAUUAACGAAACUUUCGGACGAUUUUACAUUUGAUAACAGCUAUUGACUAUAACAGCUAUUGACUGUGAAUGUGAAAUCUUGAUAAGGAAUAAAAUGUAAUGAGUACAUAGUAUAUUUAGAGUUACUUGAUUCAUAAAAACUGUAAUUCUAAAUUUUAACAAAGCUUGUUUAGUCUAUUCUUCUAUUCUGUUUCUAAACAUCAGGCCACAGUCAAAUAUUAUAUAGUCACAAGAUUGUCUGUUAUGUAUUAUUAUCAGAUACGUGAGGGGCACUCUCACAUUUAGUUU